GUGUGUAGGGAGGGCAGUCAUCACGCCAUCCUGAGCAGCAAGAGCUGACGUUGGACGAAGCUGCCAGGUAGCUGAAAAAAGGCACAGAAGGCAGCUGAUACCCACUUUUCAACGGUUUGUGGUUUUUUUAGUCUGUAUCUGGACUUCAAGCAACACAGCCCCUGAGACAGCUCAUCUGAACCACACUGUAUUGCAAUACUCGCUCUUCUCAAAGAAAAAGACUCCACUGAGCAGCAGAAUGCUGCCAGUGUCGCAGCCAGGUCUACAAUACAGAGCCUUUUUGUAACAUUGCAAAUUUCUUUCUGUUCAGAUAUUUGAAAUACAUACAUACACUUAUAUAUCAGUUCUUUCUUUUCUGAGGACACCUUUGGCUUUUUUUUUUCCCUGAUGUGACUUCUUCAUCUUGGAAUGAUGGGGAUCUUUCUAGCUUAUAUUGGAUUCAUUUUCUUUUCAGUUAUGUAUAUUCAACAAGGACUUUCUACCCAAGCAAAAUUCACAGAGUUUCCCCGAAAUGUCACGGCCACUGAAGGGCAGAACGUGGAGAUGUCUUGUGCUUUCCAAAGUGGCUCUACUUCGGUGUACCUUGAAAUCCAGUGGUGGUUUCUGCGGGCAGCUGAGGACCAAGAGGCUGGUGCUGAGGUGACAGGCACUCAGGUGGAGCUCCUGCCCGAGCGGGACCUGGACAACGACGGCACGAAGAUCAGCACAGUGAAAGUACAAGGGAAUGACAUCUCCCACAAGCUGCAGAUUUCAAAAGUGAGGAAAAAGGAUGAAGGCUUGUAUGAGUGCAGGGUGACCGAUGCCAACUAUGGAGACCUUCAGGAAUACAAGGCCCAGGCAUUUCUCAAAGUCAAUGCUAACAGCCACUCCCGGCGAAUGCAAGCCUUUGAGGCAUCCCCGAUGUGGUUGCAAGACAUGAAACCUCGUAAAAACAUCUCAGCAGCUGUCCCAAGUAGCAUCCACAAUUCUGCCAAUCAGCGUGUACGUGCCACCUCCAGCCCUGAAGCAGCAGCCAAAAUCCCCAAACAAAGUCCACAAUCAGCAAAGAGCAAAUCGCCUGUAAAAUCCACGGAGCGGACAGCAAAGUUGACCCUAACCUCCAACCAUCACUCUGCACCCAAUGUACUCUAAAUCUCUACACAAGGAGCACCUUCUUCAGGAAGUACAAACAAAAUUACUAAAUAAAUAAAAUAAAAUAAAAUAAAAUAUUAUAAAAAAGAAGAGGAUACCACAUGUUUUCUUGAUAUAUCUUAUUUUCUUCAGCGUAUCAUUGAUAUUUUAUUUGAAGAGAACUGGUGUGAUGUAAUCAAACGUUUUGUAACAGCAAGACCUAGUUUCCUUUUCUUUCGGCAAGGAGAAGCCUCAUCCUUGACUUCUCAGGGGUUGGCCUGCAAGUCCUCAGUAUUACAGAAUUAACCAUGGAUGACAUUUGGUUUCCUACACUGAAAGAACCGUUCCAGCCUGGAAGCAAAAAGAGGCCAAAUAAUGAAACAAACUAUAGUGAUUUAGCAUAAAUAGAAUACACACAAACUUUAUCAAAAAGUCUUUUUUUUUUCUUUUCUUUUUUUUUUUUUUUUUUUUUUUGCAUGAGGAAUAGGAAUAUUCUACUAAGCAGCUCAGCAGACUGUGGGAUGUUGUUUCUGAAAAACAUAUGAGGAUAUUUUUCUUUUGAGAUUUUUUUCUUUUUGCUUUCCAAUAUAUUAUUCUUUUCCCCCUUUGAGGUUUUUUCCCUGUCUUUCUGUUUGUUUCUUGUUCAAUGAUGACAAGUACCAACUUAGGCCAACCCCUGAUGACUGUGUGGAGGUUUAUAUAUAUAUACAUCCUUUUUUUUUGUGUGUGUGCGUUCAAUAUUUCAGUGUGUUUUCUCUAAUUUUGCAACUCCUGUAUAUGCAAAAGUAAUUUAAAUUCUGUAAAUUGCUUACAGUCUGUGUGAUAUAACUUCAGAGUAGGCAUACUUUGGUCCUCAUGCAAGCCAGUUUUUAAUAUUAUCUGUAUGUCGUGCCACCAAGAAACAUCUUUAUUUCCUUUUUUGACAAAACACCACUUUUUAGUUUUUAAUUCAGUAAUGUGUGGAUUUUGUAAUGCAUAUCUUCACUUUGUCAGGUUUAACCCCCUUCAGCCCUCUGUUUACUCUGUAAAUGCACAUUAAAAUUUGUUAUGGUCUCUAGACAAUGAAUUAUUUUAGUUUGUAUGUUGUGUUGGAGUUCAGAUGCUGAAAGCUCUUUGAAUUUGUGGUGUUUAUAGAAGAUGAAGUGAUUCAAUCACUAAAGACUGUAAAAUGCAGGUUUGCAGUCAAAUACUUCAUGUAAAGGAUGGUUAGAAACAGAAAACAGACAAAUAAACCAGAACAUGUCUUUAAGGAUGUUCUUUUGGUAAAGAAUUUUAGGAAAGUGAAUUUAUUACACUGAUAAAAUAUAUUUGCAUCACAGCUCCUUCUACAUGGCCAAAGAAGUGUCUUUCUUUGCUUUUUCUGAAAGUGGAUUGUCAUUACUCAUUUAUAUUCUUAAUUAAAAUACUUUUUGUCUGUGAA